AUGACAAUCAAAGCAAGCCUCCUCUUCCUCAUGCUAGCCGUCGGCCCAGCCACGGUCCUCUCAAUCCCAAUGCCAGAACCCACCAAAACCCUCCAAACCCGCUCCUCCGAAUCCGGCCUAGACGCCGGCAUCGACGACGGCCCCUACCUAUCCUCACACUCCUCCUCCGAAGACGACGGCUCCACCUCCGACAACCUCAAUGCCGGUAUCCCAGAUGGUCCCUACGUAAACCUCUACGAUACCUACACGCCGCCACCCCCGGAGACAACACAGUACCCGCCCCCAGAACCGACUUGGUCGCCUGAGCCUAUUCCUGUUCCGUCGCCGGAGCCGACGCCUGUUUCGCCGCCGCCGGAGCCGCCUGUUGUGCCGCUGCCUGAGCCUGAGGAGGAGCCGCAGCCGCAGCCGGAACCGCAGCCGGAGCCUGAACCGGAGCCGGAAGAAGAGGAGAUUGGGGAGUGUCCUGCUCCUGAGCCAGAAGAGGUGUCUGAGCCUGAGCCUGAGCCUGAGCCUGAGACUGAGGAGCCCGAGCCCGAGUGUCCGUGUAACGAGCGGUUCGACUCGUUGGAGGAAAAGUUGGCGCAGAUCGGCACGCAGUUGGAUGCGCUGAGGCAGGUGCAGGUUGCUGUGAAGGCUCAGCAAUAG